AAGUAAAAACAGCAAUGUGCGGCAUUUCGAACAUUUAAAACUCGUGCUGGAAAGAACAAUUAAAACAUCUCCAGGAAAAAAAACAGAACAGCUACAAUGCUCACUUUAAAUUCUAAACGAAAACUUUGCAACAUCUGCUUCCUUCUGCCUAGUCGUGUUCUUGCUGUUAUCCUUAUUUGUCUACAAGGUUGUGUGUUGGAUUACUUUCUGGUUCACUAUCAAAACCACAACUGGUAUGCAUGGAUAGCUGGAGAUGUUGCUGUCAUUUUAAGUUUUUUGGUCACAUUUUUCAUCUCGUAUAGAGAACUGAAAUUUGUCCAUGAUGCUAAUUCCUCCAUACAUAAAGCAAUGAAGUCGCGCGUUGAACCUGGAAGCUUUCCUUUGAGCUAUUUUGCAUGGUUGGUCUACUCAGUUAUUCUGGCAGCCAGAGUUGGAAUUAUUUACAAGGACCUGGCAUUUGAAAUCCAGCCUGAAAUGUUUUUGGGGAGAAACAUUUUAAAAUUUACAGUAGCGAUGUCAGGGCUGGUCUUUCUGUUACUGGUUGCUGCUCAUCAUGACUCAGACUCUGGAACUUAUGUUCGUCACCAAAUUAAUGUGUUGACAGCUAUAAUUCCAUUUGACAUCAUCGACGCUGUUGAUGUCCUUACAAUAUUCUUCACAUUAAGCCAAGAUGUAGUUGAACCUGCAGUUGUAUGGGCAAUAGUUGUUAUUGCAUGUGCAAAUUUAGUCUUUCCUGUUGUGCCUUUGAUGAUCCUAAGCGGUAGUCAUUAUGGAUUACAGCCUGUGGCCCCAAUUAAGAGCAUCCUCAACAACCUUUUUCACAUUUUCAUCAUCAAUGCCCCCCUGCUGGCCAUUCGCCUUCUUCUGUGGUACAAAGAAAAUAUGGAGGUGUCACCUCUGAUUGUGAAAAACAUCAUCUGUAUCCUGUAUGGGCUUAAAGAUGUGUUUGAAACUGAAUGUGUAAAGAAAAGAGACCCAAACCACGAGGAGGCUGAGGAAACUGUAUCGAUGAGAAAUGAAAGUCCUGAUGCAAUGAAUGAUUCUUUUAACAAUAAUAACAGCAUUCAUGAUUGAUCAAUCUUUGAGCUAAGCUGUAAGGGCUGUUGUGUAUUAUUUUGCACGACAUGUAAAUAUUUUUUUGAGUUUUAUUUUGCUUAUAAGGCAGUUAUAUCUAUAAACACUUCUUUAAUUUUUUGAGGUCGUUUACUAUGCAAAACCAUACUUGCUUGACAUUCCUGUAAAGCUGACAUAUACACCAUUGGUAAUUUAUAUCUACCCGGUUAUGAUAUUAGGUUGUUCUUAUUUUUAUUGAAAAUUA